AUGGGCAAAUGGACAUCACAACAUUACGACGACGUCCUCGGUUCCAAAAUCAAAAGCCUAGUUACCGGCUCAAUCCGAAGGGCUGAACUCGAAGACCGUGCUGGACAUACUAUCUCCUACAAACAGUUCGUGGAGGAGCUGGACGCGGGAGAUUCGUUCACGACAUCUCUGGUGGACGUGCUAGUCCAGGAAGUAUCAACUCGUCGCGCACGUCAAAAUGCCGAAGAUAAGCGCCUGAUAUCCGACGUGACUUCCAGGGGACUCCGGAUGCUCGCCGCGCCCAGCCGAGUCUACCGUCCGCGACCCACGCGCGUUGGGCCACCUCCAUCAUCAGCUUUAUAUCGCCGAGGCUUCAGCAUGAACGAAUAUCUUGCCGUCCCAUCUCCUGAUGACUUGGCUGUGGACGAGGACGGGGAUAGCACAGAUUCUGCGCUCGACCCUGUGGGUGCUGUCGAGGGUGCACGCUUAAACUCUGAGAUUUGGGACGCAAUGGGCUCUGUUCCGACAAGACCCUCCUCUCUGCGCGACCAUAUCCGCCGAUCUCGACCGGACUUGCCUUACCCAACACCUCCGCCACCUGUGCCUGCGCCGCCCUUACAUCACGCUCUCCCUAGCAUAAACACCUCGUCGGCUCGCCCUCGCUUCCUAGCCCGCUCAAGAGGCACAUUCCGUUCCUCCUCCGAUCUCUCCGAGCUCCCCGGCCCAGCACGCAGAACAACAGCUUUCCCGAGAAGUGAUGAACACGAGCAUGACCACGAAGAGCCGGCGCUCGGUGCGAGGGUUACGCGGAGAGGGUUUCAGAACAACGUCAGGCGAAACGACGGUUGGACAUCCGAAUUGCCGGAGGAAUAUACGGCAUGGUCCCCGCUACCGUCUAUUGGCUCGCCCACCGACGGUGACGCACCGGCCCUGCCAUCUGUAGACGAACCGAUACCCGGCCUCGAAACAGGACCUGCUUCCAGAGCCACGGCUAGGUGGAGGCAUACGAUCGAUCCUGUCGAUGCGGCCUUGCCGUGGCAUACAGCCUUUGAGAGUGGGCCUGGCGUCGUCGGGAGGAGGCAUGCUGGUGCCAGAUCUUCGUCUUUGACUAGGGAGACGUCCGCAUGGGGAAGGGCCGAUGAGAGCUGGUAG